CUGUCCCCUUCACUCCCUCUCUCUCUCUGUCUCUUUAUCUCCCUCACUCCCUCUCUCUCAGGUCCCCCCUUAGCUGAGCACUGGCAGAUAAAAGCAGCAGCCCUGUGUCUCUGACUCUAUCUCUCUCUAUCUCACACACACAUGCACAGGCGUAUCUCUGGCACACACGCACUCAUCUCUCUGGCUUUGCUUCGGCUCUCUGUGCCUCCCUCUGCGUGCAGGAUAACAGUCUGCGCUCUGCUCCACGCCCUCCAAACACAGGUCUCCUCCACAUACAGGGAGUCUUCACCUUCUUCCCACAGCCCAGGACAACACCGCCCACACCUGCCGCAGACAUGCGUCCCAGAUCCAGACUGCUGUCCAAGAGGAGUCUUCCCACAAUUAGUGAGGGACAGGAGGGACAGGUGCAGGAGCUGAACCAAAUCAACAGCCUCCAUGCUCCGCACCCCACCCACUCUCAAGCCUCUUCCCCUAAGGACUACCUGCAGUCCAUCUGUCAGCUGGCUUGCCCCGCCUUUUCCCCACGGGGGUCCAGCCACGUCCGCACCCUGAGCCUGCUGGACCCGCUCGGGCCAGGCCAGAGACUGGCCCAAAUCCCACCCCUCACACGCCCCCCGACCCCCACCAUCCACCGUGCCACCCAUGUGGCAGAAGAGGACAGGAAGGAAGUGGGAGUGGCCAUGUUCUCUGACAUCAGUUCCCAGACAGAGGAGGCAUGUCCCGGGCCGGAAGAAGGCUUUGUGGGGGAUUACCGUUACCGCAGCAACACCGACCCGCUGGAAUACCUGUACGGGUGCCAGGGAAGCCCCGCCCCCUCUGGAGGCAGGGAGUCUGGGGAGGGAGGAGCCACAGAGGAACACCGCCUUCUAAGCCGUGCUCACGGUCGGCCCCAUGUCCUUUCCCAGCGUCAUGCCUCAUACCGGCUCCACAUGGAGGCCCCACACAGCCCCACCCCUGCUUCCGUACAGCGCCAUCCACCCACAGAGAAAACAGCCAGCGACAGCAGCAGGCUCGUGUCCUGGAGUUCCCACAACAGUGCCACCUCUGGCAGGAGGCUGAAGUGCAUGGACAGACGGUCCAUGGUGUCCCACUGGAUCGCAGAUUGCCGCCAAGCCUGGAGAGAAGCCAGGGUCCGAGCCUGCAUGCUUCCUGCCAUUGCAGAAAUAUAGCGCUCCAUACGAGGGUCCACUGGGGUCCUGAUCCCUCUCCCUAACUCCAUCCUCACAUCACCUGGGACCAUUUCAAACAUGAAACCUUUCAGCACUGUCAACCAACAUAUACAGUGAAUGCCAACACAUACAGAAAGCAUGCAUGUGUUUAGGAACACUACAUAUAUAACUUAACAGAUAUUUUUACUCUGCAAGUGUCAUCUACGUCUAUGACUUUAUAGCUGUAUUCACAGAUUAGUGCUCUAUAUUACACACUAAAUAGGGCUGACAGCGUCUGUGACACAGACUGCAUUGUAGAGAUGUAUGAAUAUUUGUCUUUUGUGGCUGAGAACAGCUAAAUGUUCUCUUUUAGCUCCAAGUGAUAAAUCAUUGCUGGUUUUCCUGUUUGAGAGCACUUUCCAUAGAUGUUCAGGAAAGUAGGGCACCUAGACUUGCUAUUUUCAGAAAACUGGCCACUACCUGGUAUCUUCACAUAGCAUGUAGAUUCAAAACAAACUGUAACCUGGUGACCUAAAAUCCUUGACAAAACACAAACUCGUGUUUAUUCUCCAUGAUGUUUUCAAUUAUCAAUGUAAGAGGGAGAGAGAGAAAGAGAAAGAGAAAACCAGGCUGAAUCUCAAAUGGGCUGUAUUUUGCAUGCAGAUGAAAAACGUGAAGCCAAAUCACAUGGAACAGCAGAAUAACACAUUCAAAACAAAAUUCAGCAGUAUCUCUCUCACUCUCACUCUCACUCAAAAAUAGAGGCAAUCAAACAAAGCAAAACAAGCGUAAUGCAAAUGAUUUGAGUGUCUGGUGAAGGUCGAGGGGGGAGGUGCCCAUGUUUUCUGGUCAACAGAACUAGGGCAUGCGUUUAGGGGUGUUACACAAUCGCCCCAGACACACACUGCGGGCAGGGCACAACAAAAGGGGCACAAUCCCCAUUUGGACAUUCCUGAUUUGGCAGGCAUCGCUGUGUCUGCCCUGCGGCUCAGAGGGAGAUCAAAUGAGCAACAGGUCGUAAUCCUGACGCCUCUCUGCACCUGGAUCACUUCCGUAUGUUUUCACUCACACAAAGGGCCAGAUGCUCGAGUGCUAAGCUCAAACCCACGGACUGUUGCCUGUCAUUCAAAUAAAGUUCUAACGUGGUCUUUUUUUUUUUUCAAUUGCGAUUUUAUGUCUUGUGUGAGCGAAGUUUGAUGUGUACAUGAUUUGAGUGUAUGUAUACAACAUCAGACGGAUUAUAACAACGACCAGACAGAACCCUACAUGUGACACUGUCGUGCUGCAUAGUGUUAGUUCUGUGACGUCACCCUUAAAUCAGGGGGAAAAUUCUGUCCAGGUAGAGAAUGCACCCUUAUAUAUAGAGAAGUACUAUUAUUUGCUGUUUUCUGUUGUAAUUUGCUGAGUUGAUGCCAUUAUUGAGGAUUUGUAUACAUUCAAACAAGCUGGGAAGAUUUAUAAAAAUGCAGAAUAGACACCUGCCUCAAGUACACAACAACAGUAUAGCACAGUUGGGACUUGAACCUGCAAUCCUUGGGUUAUGAGUUCAUUUCCCCAGAGACUAUGCCACACUGCUGGACCUGUGUAAGAAUGUGGCACAAGAGACUGUCUGUGAUAGCAAACGAGGAGAAACAAUGAGGAAAGCCACCCACUCAAGCUGGCCAUGAUCUUCCUCUGACUUGUUCUGUACCUCUGUCCUCU